CACAACAAAAGAAUAAAAAACAAAUACAAGAUAAUGAGGAGCAACUACAAGAUAAUGAAAAGAAAAAAGCAAACUAUAAACAAGAUAUUAAUAGUCAAUGUGAAUUGCAAGAUAUUACUAGUAUAAGCAUUAGUUCUAUAUUGAAUGAUGAAUCUGGUUAUCAAGGCAAUAAAUCAUCUUUUAAUAUUUUUUUAAAAGAAGUUCAAUCUCAACAUAUCUAG